AUGUCUUUAUGUGGGGGUUUGGCGAUUUACUUCUGUGUCUCCACUUCUCCUUGCAGACCACCGAAUGCAGAAAAAGUACGUGUGGCAGUGUUGGGCACUGGAGCAGCGGGGCUCUGUGCUGCCCAGCAUCUGCUGUCCCGGCCAGAAACAUUUGCCCCCCCUGUGGUGUUUGAGAUGACGGAGCGUGUGGGGGGCACCUGGGUGUAUGAGGAACGCACAGGUGUCUAUGACAAUGGCUGGCCCAUCCACAGCAGCAUGUAUAGGGAUCUCAGGACCAAUCUGCCAAAAGAAGUUAUGAUGUUCCCAGAUUUCCCCUUUGACCCCAAGCUUCCCUCCUUCCUGUCCCACCGGGAUGUGCUGCAGUACUUGGAGAGAUACUGUGAGAGCCAAGGCAUCAUGCCUCACAUAAAGUUUGGCACCAUGGUGGAGGAAGUCAAGCCUAUCACUGUGAUGACAGGGGAGGGAAAAACAACAUGGGAGGUGACCUCAUGUGCUGCCUCGGGAGGACGGCGAACAGAUACAUUUGACUCAGUGUUCAUCUGCAACGGGCAUUACUCUGUCCCAUACCUGCCAUCCAUUCCAGGGUUGGAGCAUUUCAAAGGAAGGGUAAUGCACAGUCACUCAUACCGAUAUCCUGAACCAUUUGCUGGUCAUUCAGUGGUGGUGCUCGGUGCAGGACCCUCUGGAGCAGACAUCUCUGUUGAACUGGCUGAUGUCGGUGCCCAGGUAAUUCUGAGCCAUGGAAAUACCCCAAUUAAAUGCCUCUUCCCCACUGGGGUCCACCAGGCCCCCCCUAUCAGUAAGGUGCUGGAGAAUGGGGAACUGCAGUUUCUGGAUGGGAGUUUGGCCCACCCCCAGGUUCUCCUCUUCUGCACAGGAUACAAGUUCAACUAUCCGUUCUUAGACACCAACAUUUUGGGCCUGCAGAUCCAAGACCACUGGAUCUCCCCACUCUACAAAUUUCUGGUGCCUCCAGCUUUCCCUUCCCUCUUCAUUGUGGGCAUCUGCAAAAUCAUCUGCCCCUUUCCUCACUUUGACUGCCAAGUUCGGUUUGCCCUGGCAGUGCUCGAUGGUACCAUCACCCUCCCCUCGCAGGCUGACAUGGAGGAGCAGAUUGAGAGGGAGACGGAGGAGAGGAUUAAGGAGGGUUUGGAGCUCAAUCAGUUAACAAUGAAGUCCAGGCAGUGGAAAUACUACCAGAUGUUGGCAAACAUGGCUGGGUUCAAACCCCCACCGCCUGUUACCAGGAGCCUUUUGGAAGAAGUGAUGUCACAGAGGCAGAAACACCCCCGACAGUACAGAGAGUUCAACUAUCGGAUUGUGAACGACACCCAAUGGGAGCUGUUGGAAGUGCAGGAUAGUGACCGCAGUAGAGACUGAGAAUAGAGGUGGGACCAGGAUGUGCUUUUAAAAUGUUGCCAAUUGUC